CCUCUUAUUAAAAGUUCCAAAUUUCACCACGUCACUGCAUCGAUAAUGCAGGUCCUCGUCGCCUCUCCUCCGAUUCUCUCCGCCGCUGCUCUCGCUAAACCUCUCCAUUCCCUCUCUAAAGCUGCACUCCCUUUCUCUAGAGCCCCUUUCCCCCAGACCUCACGACGACCCAUCUCCGUCUACAAAUCCCCGAUGAACAACCUCUUCAACAGGCUCGGUUUCGGCUCUCGUCCCCAAGCCCAAGUCGACCCGGCUUCCGCCGCAAUCGCCCAAGGACCUGACGACGAUGUUCCCUCUCCAGGUCAGCUAUUCGCCCAAUUCGGCGCCGGUUGCUUCUGGGGUCUGGAGCUAGCUUACCAGAGGGUUCCUGGUGUGACCAAAACCGAGGUUGGGUAUAGUCAUGGGGUCGUUCACAAUCCCACUUACAGGGAUGUAUGUAGUGACAUAACGGGACAUAACGAGGUUGUUCGGGUUCAGUACGAUCCUAAAGAGUGCAGCUUUGAGACCUUGCUCGAUGUUUUCUGGAAGCGCCAUGAUCCAACCACCUUGAAUCGUCAGGGGAAUGAUGUGGGAACGCAGUAUCGAUCAGGCAUAUACUUCUACACAGACGAGCAAGAGCGGAUAGCUCGUGAAUCUCUUGAGAUCCAGCAGAAGAUCUUGAACAAGAAGAUUGUGACAGAGAUACUUCCCGCUACAAAAUUCUACAGAGCGGAAAACGAACACCAGCAAUACCUGGCAAAAGGAGGUCGCAUGGGUUUGAGGCAAUCACCUGAGAAAGGUUGCAAGGAUCCAAUCCGAUGCUAUGGCUAAGUAACCAAGUCAAUCGUCCCUCAAGCACAUAAAAAAAGAAGUGAGCUGUUUCAUGAUAAUACAAUAAACUGUAGAUCACAUUUAUGUCUUGUCUUUGUUAUGUAACCAGUGGUGAUGAUGCAUCAUAUGUUUACCUGAAUGUUGUGAUAAAUUUUAGUGUUUCAAAAAAAACCUAAGUUGUAACACAGUGAAUACGAAUCAGAACCAUAAUAUUUCAUUAGUCCUGGUUUUGAGCGUA